AAAAUUCAAGUCCUGAAAUAACAUUCAUUAGUAUGCCUCUUCUAAGUCCGCUCUUGAAAAGGAAAAAAAAGAAGAACCCAUCAAAAGAAAAUUAUAAAAUAGAGUUCCUAGCAAGUAGUAAUACUAGGAUUAAUAGUGUUAGUGACAAUAUUAAAGAAUUGUGGGGAUCCAAACAGUGCCUUAGGGGUAUAUGCGAGACAUCCAAAUUUUUAAGUAGAGGCAUAUUCAGUUAAAAGAAAGGAGAGAGAAGGAGUAGCAAAGACCGUUAGUUAACAACUCAUACACAGAAAAAAAAAAAAAGUAGAAGAAAGAAGGAAGAAAAAAAAAAAAAAGAGAGACUGCCACCAUCAAGAACCAGCCUUGUUAACAAUUAGUCCCUGUUUAACAUACAAAACCAGGAACCUACCCUCACCUUUCUCCUCUUUUUUCUUGAAUUGUAAUCAACCAUAGCUCCUUGUAACAACGCCUGUUAACUUCCUCCAUUAUUUCAAGAAAAUUCAAGCCUUGAUCUCUCUUUAAAAGAAAAUACUGAAUUCUUGAGUUUCUUUGUAUAAGAAAGAAAAUAAAGAAAGAUAUAAGAAAGAAAAUAAAGAAAGACACAGGAUUUUGUAUUUCUUUUUCUUUUUCAAGUAUUGGAUAUUAUAGAGAAAGAUGGAGGAGAUUGCAGGUGUUGCAGCAUCUGGGUCAUCGUCCAUUAAUAACUCGGUUUCUUCAUCGUCUGGUUCAUCUAUAUACACCAAUUAUCCUCUUCUUUCUGCUCUUGUUGCUUUUGCUAUCGCCCAAUCUACCAAGGUCUUCACUUCCUGGUAUAAAGAAAGGCGAUGGGAUUUCAAGCAACUUGUUGGAUCCGGUGGAAUGCCAUCAUCACAUUCUGCCACUGUUACUGCACUUGCCAUAGCCAUCGGGCUCCAGGAAGGGUUCGGAGGAUCAUUGUUUGCAGCUGCAUUGAUUUUAGCAUGUGUUGUGAUGUAUGAUGCGACUGGUGUAAGACUACAGGCUGGACGCCAAGCAGAGGUCUUGAAUCAAAUUGUGUACGAGCUUCCUGCUGAGCAUCCUUUGGCUGAGAGCAGGCCACUGCGAGAGCUUCUUGGUCACACCCCUCCUCAGGUAAUUGCCGGUUGUUUGCUUGGAAUUACUACAGCAGUCGUUGGCCAUUUUAUUGUUAGAAUGGCGAGCAGUCAAAGUUGAUGCACAAGGAACUCACAGUUGUUUUAGCAGUACAUCUGAUGGUUAAAACUCUGAUCACACACCAGGGCAGAAGGAAAAUUUGCAGACUUAUGACCAUAAGGGGGGUCAUAUAAGUUUGAUUGCUGAGUUUGUGCUGUCUCUAACUUGGCAUAUUCUGCAUUAAACAUACCAUAUAUUCAUUCUAACAGUAACAUUUCAAAGAUGUAAUUUGAUUGAUUGCAGGAUAGGUUGUAAUAGUCAUGUCUGUUGCAUAUACUGAACAAUUUCUGCCUAAUUGCAAUGAAAAAUACAGAAAUCCAGGCAGAUUGGUUCACAA